AAAGGUUUGGGAACCCCUGGCCAAGCCUACUCACUGGAAUAUCCAUUUUGUCUCCCCUAGUGGAGGAAAAAUGGACCUACAAUGACAAAUAAAAAAAUAGGGAUCAGCGCAUUGAGCUAUAAAAAAAACGGAUCAGCGCCAUGUCUGAUUCUCCAGUAGUGGAAUAGAGAACGGGACACCUAAACCAUUUAAUUCCAGGGUCGGGGAUCCCGUUCGGUCUCGAGGAUGUCCGGGAGCGCAGGGAUUCAGCAGGGCUCCCCGGCCAUCGGUGCAGCGGGAUCGGCGCCUGCGGCUCCGGGAGCCGGGGGAACCGAGGGUUCGGGCGCCACGGUAGGAUCGGCACGAAUCGCGGUGAAGAAGGCGCAGCUCCGCUCCUCCCCGCGCCCGAAGAAACUGGAGAAGCUCGGAGUUUAUUCAUCUUGCAAGGCUGAGGGGGCCUGUAAGUGUAACAGCUGGAAGAGCCAGAACCCCCCUCCCACACCACCCCGUACAGACCAGCAGCCCAACACUUUCAACCUUCAGGACCCCUGCCGUAGCUGCUCUCAUACACUGGGUGACCAUGUAACCCACCUGGAGAACGUUUCAGAGGAGGAGAUGAACAGGCUUCUGGGCAUUGCUCUGGACGUGGAGUACCUGAACACAUGUGUCCACAAAGAGGAGGAUGCUGACACCAAACAAGUCUACUUCUCCCUCUUCAAGCUAUUGAGGAAAUGCAUCCUUCAGAUGGGCAGACCUGUGGUGGAGGCACAGGAGAGUCCUCCCUUUGAGAAACCUAGCAUUGAACAGGGGGUGAAUAACUUUGUCCAGUACAAGUUCAGCCAUCUUCCCUCCAAGGAGCGUCAGACCAUCGUGGAGCUGGCCAAGAUGUUCCUCAACCAGAUCAACUACUGGCAGCUGGAGACACCCUCACAGAGACGACAGCGGGCCCCUGCUGAUGAUGCCGCCGGGUACAAAGUCAACUACACCAGAUGGCUGUGCUACUGCAACGUCCCUCAGUUCUGUGACAGUCUACCGCGGUACGAGACGACCCAAAUCUUCGGUCGGACCCUGCUGCGCUCCGUCUUCACUGUAAUGAGGAAACAGCUGCUAGAGCAGGCCAGGCAGGAGAAGGAUAAGCUACCCCCGGAGAAACGCACUCUCAUCCUCACACACUUCCCCAAAUUCCUGUCCAUGCUGGAGGAGGAGGUGUACAGUCACAGCUCUCCCAUCUGGAGUGAAGAAUUCCUGGCUGGAUCCUCAGGAGGACCGAUCCCCAUCCAUACAGUGAUCAGUGCGCCCCCGGUGGUCAGGCCUCUGUACUACAACUCCAGCCCAGUAUCUGUGGACCCAUCCAGCUGUGGCAGUGUCAGUCCUGCCAGGAAGACCGCCUCUGUUCUGGAACCCAGCCCAGGUGGGCAGAAGCGGAAGCCAUCGGAGCCCCUCCCCCAUGAGGAGACAAAGAAGCUCAGGAUUGUCGGGGACAUCCCCAUGGAACUCAUCAACGAAGUCAUGGCAACCAUCACCGACCCCGCCUCCAUGCUGGGACCAGAGACCAGUCUACUGUCGGCCCACUCAGCCCGUGAUGAGGCGGCACGCCUGGAGGAGAGGAGGGGAGUGAUAGAGUUCCACGUCAUCGGGAACUCCCUCAACCAGAAGCCCAACAAGAGGAUCCUCAUGUGGCUGGUGGGCCUCCAGAAUGUCUUCUCUCACCAGCUGCCUCGCAUGCCCAAAGAAUAUAUCACACGCCUCGUCUUUGACCCAAAGCACAAGACUCUGUCGCUGAUCAAAGAUGGCCGUGUGAUUGGAGGGAUCUGCUUCCGGAUGUUCCCCUCGCAGAGCUUCACAGAGAUCGUAUUCUGUGCUGUCACCUCCAACGAGCAGGUCAAGGGAUACGGCACUCACCUGAUGAACCAUCUGAAGGAGUACCACAUCAAGCACGACAUCCUCAACUUCCUCACCUACGCAGACGAGUAUGCCAUUGGCUACUUCAAAAAGCAGGGCUUCUCUAAAGACAUCAAGGUUCCUAAGGCCAAGUAUCUGGGCUACAUCAAAGACUACGAGGGAGCGACACUGAUGGGCUGUGAGCUCAACCCCAGCAUCCCUUACACGGAGUUCUCUGUCAUUAUCAAGAAGCAGAAAGAGAUCAUAAAGAAACUGAUUGAGAGGAAGCAAGCUCAGAUCAGAAAGGUCUACCCAGGACUUUCCUGUUUUAAGGAAGGAGUUCGACAGAUUCCCAUCGAGAGCAUUCCUGGAAUACAAACUGGAUGGAAACCGGUGGGCAAAGGGAAAGAGCUGAAGGAUCCAGAUCAGCUGUACAGCACCCUGAAGACCAUCCUACAACAUGUUAAGAGUCACCAGAAUGCCUGGCCGUUCAUGGAACCAGUGAAGAAGACUGAGGCUCCUGGCUACUACCAAGUCAUCCGCUUCCCCAUGGACCUGAAGACGAUGUCUGAGCGUCUGAAGAGCAGGUACUACACCACGCGGAAGCUCUUCAUGGCCGACAUGCAGCGCAUCUUCACCAACUGUCGCGAGUACAAUCCCCCAGAGAGCGAGUACUACAAGUGUGCCAACCUGCUAGAGAAGUUCUUCUACACCAAGAUCAAGGAGGCAGGUCUCAUUGAGAAGUAAAGAGAUGGGAGGGGCUUCAAGGGUGAGGGAGCAAUGGCUUAGGUCUAAUGAUUUUUAAAUGUUUUUGUUUUUAUUUACUUAUUCUUUAUUUUUCUACUGCGUUCAACCAGAAAAAGAGAUAGCUAUAUAUCCAGUAGGAAGAAUGAUUUUAGGUUAAUCAGUAUACUAUCCCUCGUCCCACUCAGGAAAACAGAAGUCCUAGAUAGAAACUCCCAUCUGUUCAGCUAACACAACCCUCCAUCUAACCCAACCCUCCAUCUGUUCAGCUAACCCAACCCUCCAUCUGUUCAGCUAACCCAACCCUCCAAUUGUUCAGCUAACCCAACCCUCCAUCUGUUCAGCUAACCCAACCCUCCAUCUGUUCAGCUAACCUAACCCUCCAUCUGUUCAGCUAACCCAACCCUCCAAUUGUUCAGCUAACCCAACCCUCCAUCUGUUCAGCUAACCCAACCCUCCAUCUGUUCAGCUAACCAAACCCUCUAUCUGUUUAGCUAACCUAACCCUCCAUCUGUUCAGCUAACCUAACCCUCCAUCUGUUCAGCUAACCUAACCCUCCAUCUGUUCAGCUAACCUAACCCUCCAUCUGUUCAGCUAACCUAACCCUCCAUCUGUUCAGCUAACACAACCCUCCAUCUGUUCAGCUAACACAACCCUCCAUCUGUUCAGCUAACACAACCCUCCAUCUGUUCAGCUAACACAACCCUCCAUCUGUUCAGCUAACACAACCCUCCAUCUGUUCAGCUAACACAACCCUCCAUCUGUUCAGCUAACACAACCCUCCAUCUGUUCAGCUAACACAACCCUCCAUCUGUUCAGCUAACACAACCCUCCAUCUGUUCAGCUAACACAACCCUCCAUCUGUUCAGCUAACACAACCCUCCAUCUGUUCAGCUAACACAACCCUCCAUCUGUUCAGCUAACACAACCCUCCAUCUGUUCAGCUAACACAACCCUCCAUCUGUUCAGCUAACACAACCCUCCAUCUGUUCAGCUAACACAACCCUCCAUCUGUUCAGCUAACACAACCCUCCAUCUGUUCAGCUAACACAACCCUCCAUCUGUUCAGCUAACACAACCCUCCAUCUGUUCAGCUAACACAACCCUCCAUCUGUUCAGCUAACACAACCCUCCAUCUGUUCAGCUAACACAACCCUCCAUCUGUUCAGCUAACACAACCCUCCAUCUGUUCAGCUAACACAACCCUCCAUCUGUUCAGCUAACACAACCCUCCAUCUGUUCAGCUAACACAACCCUCCAUCUGUUCAGCUAACACAACCCUCCAUCUGUUCAGCUAACACAACCCUCCAUCUGUUCAGCUAACACAACCCUCCAUCUGUUCAGCUAACACAACCCUCCAUCUGUUCAGCUAACACAACCCUCCAUCUGUUCAGCUAACCUAACCCUCCAUCUGUUCAGCUAACCUAACCCUCCAUCUGUUCAGCUAACCUAACCCUCCAUCUGUUCAGCUAACCUAACCCUCCAUCUGUUCAGCUAACCUAACCCUCCAUCUGUUCAGCUAACCUAACCCUCCAUCUGUUCAGCUAACCUAACCCUCCAUCUGUUCAGCUAACCUAACCCUCCAUCUGUUCAGCUAACCUAACCCUCCAUCUGUUCAGCUAACCUAACCCUCCAUCUGUUCAGCUAACCUAACCCUCCAUCUGUUCAGCUAACCUAACCCUCCAUCUGUUCAGCUAACCUAACCCUCCAUCUGUUCAGCUAACCUAACCCUCCAUCUGUUCAGCUAACCUAACCCUCCAUCUGUUCAGCUAACCUAACCCUCCAUCUGUUCAGCUAACCUAACCCUCCAUCUGUUCAGCUAACCUAACCCUCCAUCUGUUCAGCUAACCUAACCCUCCAUCUGUUCAGCUAACACAACCCUCCAUCUGUUCAGCUGACCUAACCCUCCAUCUGUUCAGCUAACACAACCCUCCAUUUGUUCAGCUGACCUAACCCACAUGUAAGACGUCACAUCUGUGAAGAACUGGACUGUCUGAGAGAUAUGGGGAGGGAUAGUCAGUCAGUUACUCAGCCAUUCAGACUCUGUCUCCAUAUGGUGUUACUGGGUCGUAAUGAUGUAGGGUGAAAAAAAACCUAGACACCGAUUUUGGGUCAGUUUUGCACUUUCCCCACUAAUGCUAAAGGUUAGGAUUAGGGGAGGGGAAGCUGAUCCUAGAUCUGUACCUAGGGGAAACAUCUCCCUGGAACCAUAGUAAUCUGACUUGUUUUAUUUUUAUGUGCGUGUUACGCGUGACUUCAGAUGAGGUCUGUCCCAGAAUUUAUGAGGGCAAAAUUUGUAUGUAUGUUACUAGAGAGUUCAUCCUGCCAAAAAAGGAAAAUUAUAUUUUAAAUCUGUAUGUAUGAAUUUUAACAAUUGUAAACCUCUUGAAUUACUUGCUGUAUAUUUUUCCUGGUUUGUUUUUAAACUGAAAGGAGGGGAAGCCCUUCAUACUGGUCCAUGUAAAAAGUCCCAUAGGGCAAAAGGUGACCAUGGAAAUGCACUUAUUUAUUUUUUCAAGCAACUAUUCGGCAUCACAUGGUGAAAGAGCUUUUUUGUUUUCCAUUGAGAUGUUCCGUCUUUUGAGAAAAGCACUAUGAAAUAAUGGCUAAUUUUAACUAUGUAGAGUUUCUCCUUAUUUAUGUGCUGUAAUUUUUAAGGAAUAAUGCUUAAUAAAAUAAUUUAUUCUGUCUUAUUAUUUCUGUCUAGACGAUUGAUAUCUUUGUACUUUGAAGAUAAAAUAAAAAGAUUGUGCAAUACUAUGUAGUUUUGCUGUUUUGUAUAGAAGAUGUUUGUACUUUUUCAAACUUUAGGAGAAACCUGGAUUUUGUAAUAUUGGUUUGAAUGACAGACUAUUUUAUAGACUGAUUAAAA